UCACAAAACUUAUUUUUAUGGUCAUUUUACUAUGCCUGUGUGUGGCAGAGGUGGGUCUAAGUAUCCGAGCAUACUCUUUAGGGUGGGAAGUGUUCCCAGCUGAUUACUACUCACCAUUUAUCAAAUGUCUCACACUGAUCAUGGCAUUGGUCUUCGUCUUGGUGGGAAGGAGACGAGGGAUGGGAUCAUCUGGUAUUCUCUUCCUGUUCUGGUUUCUUUUUUCUUUGUGUAAUUUAAUUACGUACAGAUCAGUGCUAAUGGACACUUUCAGUCAGGAUACCCACUACAGUGUUAGAGCAGAUCAAAGCAAGUAUGUUAUCAAAGUAGUCAACUUUCCUGUUUUGCUGGUUGUGCUCUUUUUGUCAUGCUUUGUUGAUAAGAGACCACUUUCUUCAACUCAGGGGAAGAAAAUUGUGAAUCCCGAAGAAAAUGCAUCAUUUCUGUCAAGGAUUACAUUUUGGUGGUUUACUAGCAUGGCUAUCAAGGGGUAUCGCAAACCCCUAGUAAUGGAAGAUAUGUGGGAGCUCAGCACUGAAAACAAAACAUCUGGGAUGUUGCCGGAGUUUGAUAAACACUGGAUACCUGUUUUAAAGAAAGCAAUUCAGAGAAGCCAAAUGGAUGGGUCUUCCAAAGAUAAGGGUACAAAGAAUGUACCAGUGCAAAGUCAAGUCAACAUUUUGUGGCCUUUACUGAAGACAUUUCCACUUGAGUUGUUUGUUGCUGGCUUUAUGAAACUGGUAGGAAGUUUGAUGCCAUUUGUCAAUCCACAGAUAUUAUCUUUGGUGAUUGCAUUUGUAAGUGGAGAUGAACCGUACUGGAGAGGUUUUUUGUAUGCUACACUGAUGUUUUUUGCAUCCAUGAUUGAAUCAUUGUUUAAUAGCCAGUAUGAAUAUCGUAUAUUCUGUAUCGCAAUGAGGAUUCGCUCCUGUGUAGUCUCAGCACUGUAUCGUAAAUCCUUGCAAUUAUCUAAUUCAGCUAGAAAAAACUUCACGGUUGGAGAGAUUGUUAACCUGAUGGCCGUGGACACACAAAGGGUAAUGGAGUUUAUCCAGAUUGUUAACUUACUUUGGUCAGCCCCACUUCAGAUUGGUGUCUGUCUUUGGAUGCUGUGGCAACAACUUGGCGUAUCUACCCUUGGAGGAUUGGCUGUGAUGAUCCUCUUGUUUCCUGUUAAUGGAGUUAUUACAGCAAAGCUGAGAAACCUACAGAUUCGUAUGAUGAAAGAGAAGGAUAAGCGUAUCAAGCUUAUGAAUGAAAUACUUAGUGGAAUAAAAGUUCUGAAGCUUUAUGCCUGGGAAGAAUCAUUUCAGGAACAAGUCACGAAAAUCCGAGACAAGGAAAUACGUGUUUUAACUAUUCAGGCCUACUUAGCAGCAGCUAUUACCUUUGCUUUCACGUGUGCUCCAUUUUUGGUAGCACUAGCCAGUUUUGCUAUGUACGUCCUCCUAGACCCAAGAAAUGUUUUGGAUGCCAGCACUGCUUUUGUUUCACUUUCUCUAUUUAACAUCCUGCGUGCUCCAAUGGCAUUUUUACCCAUGUUGGUGACUUUUGCUGCUAUGUUUGUGGUCUCCUUGAGUCGUAUCAAUAAGUUUCUGGGAAGUGACGAGCUUGACCCUGAUGCUGUAUCUAAUGAUGACAAUGAAAAAGAUGUGCUGGUUAUGGAAAAUGCUGUGUUUGCAUGGUCCAGAGAUGAAGCUCCAACUUUGAAGGAUAUCUCCUUCAGAAUUAAGCCUGGGUCCCUAGUGGCACUUGUGGGCCAAGUUGGUGCCGGAAAGUCAUCAAUACUGUCAGCCUUCCUUGGUGAUAUGGAAAAACUGGAGGGAUAUGUAAACAUCAAGGGCUCCAUAGCUUAUGUACCUCAACAAGCUUGGAUUCAGAAUGAAACUAUAAGAAAUAAUGUUCUGUUUGGUAAAAAAUAUACUGAAAGUAAAUAUAACAGAAUCCUAGAGGCAACUGCUCUGAAACCAGACUUGGAAGUUCUUCCUGGUGGAGAUCAGACUGAAGUUGGAGAAAAGGGUAUCAACGUUAGUGGUGGUCAAAAACAGAGGAUAUCGUUAGCACGAGCAGUGUAUAAUGAUGCUGAUGUGUAUUUACUUGAUGACCCCCUCAGUGCUGUUGAUUCCCAUGUUGGGAAACACAUAUUCGACAAUGUUCUGGGUUCUAAAGGACUGCUGAAAGAAAAGACUCGGUUGUUGGUAACUCACAAGAUCUCUAUCUUGCCACAAGUUGAUACUAUCUUAGUGCUGAAGGAUGGAUAUCUCACAGAAUCUGGUUCUUACAGCGAACUUCUUAACAAGAAGGGAGCCUUUUCAGAUAUCUUAGUACAUUAUAUAAGUGAAGAGGUAGGUAAAGCUGAUGACAUCGAUCCUGAAGAGCUGCAGAUAAUAGAACAGGUAGCUGCAAGCGUGGGGCCAAAUCCAAAACUUGAAAGAUGUUUGUCACGGCUUAGUAGUAGUGAAAGUGAUAUACAGAGGUCAGGAUCAGAAAGAAGCUUAUCCAUCCACUCUUCUCAGGAUGGACUGCGAAAACGGCGAUCAAAAUCUGGAAAUUUACAAAUGGAUGAAAAGAAGGAAAAAAAACCAGUUCCUCCACCCCGUUCAAGGCUCAUAGAUGCAGAAUAUGCAGAAGUUGGAUCGGUCAAAUGGUGGGUUUAUUUUGCGUACAUCAAAGCCAUUGGUCUCUGGGGUAUUGGAAUCACCCUUGUUGCAUACGCAGUAUCUCAUGCUUUCAGUCUUGGUGCCAAUAUUUGGCUCAGUGAGUGGAGUAAUGAUGCAUCAGAUCCUGAAAAGGUUACAGACAUAAAACUUCGCAACCUACGACUUGGAGUGUAUGGGGCCUUGGGUACUGGCGAAACUAUUUUUGUGCUACUUGCAACAGUUAUGUUAAACCUAGCAACACUGUGGGGAUCCCAAAUUCUACAUGACAGAAUGCUGGAACAUGUCAUGAAAUGUCGAAUGUCAUUUUUUGAUACCACUCCCAUGGGAAGGAUUCUUAACCGAUUUUCCAAAGAUGUUGACACAACAGAUAUCACAAUUCGGUUUAAUGUUCGAUUGUUUCUAAUCCAGUGCUUCCGGGCUACAAUUGCUUUUAUUGGAAUAUGUUUAGAAACACCCAUUUUUCUUGCUGUUGUUUUACCUUUAGGUGUAUGCUACUACUUUAUUCAGCGGUUUUACAUCUCUUCUUCUCGCCAACUUAAAAGAAUAGAGUCUAUCACCAGGUCACCGAUUUACACCCACUUUUCAGAGACAGUUACAGGAACAACUUCUAUACGGGCUUAUGGUGCAACAAAGCGUUUUAUUUCUGAGUCUAAUAGCAGAGUUGACUUCAAUCACUCAAGCUACUUUCCUAGUCUUGCUGCAAGCAGAUGGUUAGCGAUUCGACUGGAGUUCCUGGGCUAUUGCAUUGUAUUUUUUUCUGCCUUAUUUGCUGUUCUCACAAAAGGAACAAUUAGUCCUGGAAUUGCAGGCUUGUCUAUCAGCUAUGCUCUAACAGUGACAGUCAAUUUAAACAUGCUUGUACGAGCCAGUUCUGAUGUCGAAACCAACAUUGUAUCAGUGGAAAGAUGCUUGGAGUACACAACAGCUCCUACAGAGGCUGCGUGGUACUGUGAAUCCAACAAGCCAGACAAAUCAUGGCCAAGAUCUGGUAAUGUCGUGUUUGACAACUACACUACACGCUAUCGUGAAGGUUUGGAUCUGGUGUUGUAUGGCCUAUCAUGCAAUGUGCAUGCUGGUGAAAAGGUGGGAAUUGUAGGAAGAACAGGAGCAGGAAAAUCCUCGCUCACCUUGUCGCUCUUCCGCAUCAUCGAGGCUGCAGGGGGUAGUAUCACCAUAGAUGGUGUUGACAUUUCCAAGAUUGGUCUACAUGACCUUCGAUCAAAACUAACCAUUAUCCCUCAGGAUCCUGUGUUGUUUACGGGCACGUUGCGGAUGAACUUGGAUCCCUUUGGCCAUUAUGAUGAUGAGGCUAUUUGGAACUCUUUGGAACUUGCUCACCUGAAAGGCUUUGUGUCUGGCUUGGAUGCUGGUCUUGAUCACCAGGUGUCUGAAGGAGGAGACAAUCUGAGUGUGGGACAAAGACAGUUGGUUUGUUUAGCGAGGGCAUUGCUUCGAAAAUCAAAGAUUCUUGUAUUAGAUGAAGCCACUGCUGCUAUUGAUCUUGAAACCGAUGAUUUAAUCCAGGCUACUAUAAGAAAAGAGUUCCGAGACAGUACAGUGCUGACGAUUGCUCAUCGACUGAAUACAGUCUUGGACUAUGACAGAAUAAUGGUACUUGAUAAAGGAAAGAUUAUUGAAUAUGACUCUCCAAGUGAUCUGUUAGAGGAUGAACAAAGUGUCUUCUAUUCAAUGGCGAAGGAUGCCGGCCUCAUUUAGAGAGAAAUACAAUUUCUGUAGUACUCUACUAAAUACACUUUACUGUGUAUUAUUACUCGACCCUAGGAAGAUCAUUUUGUAGUGUAGGAGUUUUAUAUAUGUAUUAUGAUUGUCCUAUUGUAUACAUGUUAAAAAAACAAACAAAGAAACAUUUUGGUUUGUAAGGUCUCAGGGUUAAAGAUUAAUAUAUUAAGAGGAGAUUUUCAAUUCGUUGAGUUCUUUUAAUUUUAAGUGCAUUGUUAGAAAACUUUAAUUGAUAUGUUUAUGUUUGGUAACAACCAUUUUGUUUCUCUCUCAAUUAUUUCAAUAAACUUAAUUGUUAUAUUUUAUGAUGGGUGAUAUUUGAAAUCAUAUAAAUUAUGUCAUCAGCUGAGAAGCUGGAAAAACGUGGCAUGUUCAUUGACAGUUGUUGGUAUACUUUUUCUUUCUUUAAAUUGAUGCUAGAACUAAUCGAGUCUGAGGUUUUGUGUAUUGUAACUCAGCUAAUCUGGUGUUGAAUGAAAGCCAUUUUCAUGUGGCAUACAAUGAACAAGGUGUAGUUUAAAUACUCUUCUUGCUAGAAACCUGUGAAGAAAGAUGUUAUGAAAAAUUGUUAUCAAUUGUCCUGGGUUGUAAUAUCGUGCCAAGGGCUGAGUGUGUACUGGUAAUUGUUAACAUGCUGGACUAUGGUCACUUUACAGACAAUAGAACCACAUUCCAUACCUUUUGACUGUGGAUGCCUUAUAAGAAUAACAGUCAAGUCCCGCUAUUCAGUCAGUCAAGCGAAGCCCAAGAGUUGAUAGUGGAUGCAACUGUUGACUAAUUUCCUUCCCUCUGUCAGUUAAAAUUAGGGAUGACUAGUGCAGAUAGCCCUUGAUUAGCUUUGCACAAAUAUACAAAAAAUAUAACACAUUAACUACCACGUGCUGGCUUGUAUGUGAUUUUUUUUAUGCUUAUAAAUAAUAUUUGUUUACUUCAGAGACAUCAAAAUAACACUACAAUUUUUUUUUCCUCUUCUAAGAAAUUUCCUGUGUGGUUAGUAAAUGAGUGUAUGUUAAUUUUCAAUAUUAUACAUUUUUAUUUCCACUAAGACUACUGUGAAUAUUUGUUUUACAAGUUCCUAAUGAUAAGUAAAUGACUGAAGAAAUCUGUAAUAUAUUCUGAGAAAUUAAAAUUAUAAAUUAUGAAGGUAAAAAAAGAAGUGAGAGAGAGAGAUAUAUAGACCGUGUAAAGAAUAUGGAUUAAUGUUUACCAUUAUUUCUAAGUUCAACACUCAUAAAUAACUAAAAAUUAACACUUUUCCCACCAUAAAACGAGUUAUUUUUAUCAAGAAACGUUAAAUUGUAUAUAACAUGAUGUUUCUGUCACAUAAAAUAAUCAGCAUUUAAUUAAACGUCUUCCUCCAGUGCAUUUGCUACUAAGAACGAACAUUAUUGAACCUAAUCCAGAAUACCAUAAGUUGAACUGUUUCUAUGUUUAUUUUAACUUCAUUUUCACAAAGUGCAAUUCAUUAGCAUAUUUGUAAUUUACAGAUACAAAAAGAAAUCCACGACAGUCUUAGACUAUGUUUUAUACUAAGAAAAUUGGUUAUAAAUGACAUAAUUUAAAUACGUUGAACAAUCUUUUUUGUGUGUUAUAUAUAUAUUUUUAGCUUGCUAGAUGUUUGCUAGAAUAUAAGUUUAAAUGCAAUAAAAUUUUAUCUUCUAAAAAUAACCUCUGACUACUAUCUAGAAUAUUUUUUUUCAAUUAUUUGAAAACAUUUGAUUAUUAAGCAAUUAGCUACAUUGUAUUGUAGUUUAGAUCAGUUAAAAAUUUUCUCAGACAGGUUAAUCGAUCUCUAGAGCUAGGCCUAAUUUAAGGAAGCUUUACUAGAUUAACAAAAGUUCUAGGGAUUACCAGUAAAGCCCGGAAUCAUAGGAUUAUAAUAAUAAAGAGAAUCUUGGAGAUUAUCUGUUCUAAGCAGAAGUGGUUAUUUGUAGUGUUUAUUAUGUGAUAAAGGUAGUUUUGUGAUUUGAAAUAAAUAUUUUUAAACAGGACCAGACUAUCAGAAGUGAACUGAAUCACUUUAAGUUAAGUAAUUAGAGUAGACGAUAACCUGUUGUGAUUUUCAGGAUUUACUAAAUGUUAAAGUAUGUAGAUUUUAUAUGAUGGUGAUCAAUGUCAUUCUUUUGUAAACCGAGUAGUGUAUAGGAAAUAAGGGUAUGUUUUCCGUAUACACUUUUGGCUAGAACCAGACGUGUAUCGUGUAAAAAAAAAAAACUGACUCGUUAACUUAUUUAUUUCACUGGUGUGCAAUAAACAGAAGAUUUCAUUAGUACUUGGUCAUCUUAAAUUUAAAAGUCUCUUCAAAAAACAUUUCAAGAUUAAUAGGUGUGUUCUAUACAUUUUUCUUAUAGUUAUUAAAGGCCUAUAUGCAUGACUCAAGUAGCUCUCCCUCCCCUAAGAUUUCAGUGGUCAGUUGGGAGAUAAAUCUUACAAACAAGAUUGACUAUGAAUGAGGAUGGUAACUGCAACUAUAGAUUAUACUUAAUUCCAGAAACUUUGUGAAUAUACAUGUCUUACUGAGGUAUUCUAAUAGCAGGUAUUUUAUUAUAAUUAAUUUUUUUCCCCAGACACUGUGAUAAAUUUAGGUAAUUCUGUAUUUAUUGAUGAGACUAGCAUGAUUCUUUGUCCCAAUGGUUACUAGGACUAAGCAAGUACGUGUGUAUUUAGUGAUUGUAAUAAAAUGUUGUUUUUUUUAUGAA